GACGUCACGGCGGGGGCCCACGAUGGAGGUGGAGGAUGCGCUGGAGCUGGACGAGGACUGGCGGCGCGGGGCCGCAGCCGCCGUGCCAAAAAUGGGGCGGCGAGCUCACCUGGAAACCAAGCCGGAGAAUCAUCUCAGCAAGAAGAAUUUUUCUUCGACUUCCGUGGGAGAGGGCCCUCCCCCAAAACCAGCUCGGCGACGUGGAGGAUGGGCAGAUGAGUCCCUGAAAGUCUCAAAGUCAGGAAAGAGGACAAAUGAAGAUGAAGAAGACCACCGGCUGAGACAGCAGAGCCUGGAAGGAUCUGAUGAUGAGGGAGACAUUCCUGUGAUCCCAGAUCUGGAAGAAGUACAAGAGGAAGACUUUGUCUUGCAAGUGGCAGCUCCUCCUAGCGUCCAGGUGAACCGUGUAAUGACCUAUCGUGACCUGGACAAUGACCUCAUGAAGUAUGCUGCCUUCCAGACUUUGGAUGGAGAGAUUGACUUGAAGCUCCUCACAAAAGUUCUUGCCCCAGAGCACGAAGUGCGAGAGGAUGAUGUCAGCUGGGACUGGGACCACCUAUACACCGAGGUGUCCUCUGAGCUCCUCACAGAAUGGGACCAGGAGCAGGCGGAAAAAGAUGAGUCGGCAGGACUGUCUAAGCAAACGUAAGGCCACGGGCUAGGCGGAGCCCUCCUGUACAUAACAAUCAUCGUUUCAUAUUUUAUGAGGUCGACUGCCGCGAGAGGCUUUGGCUCUGGUGUGGAGUCUUUUUCAAUAAGAAUAUGUACCUGUUCUCAGGAAACCGCAUUGGAUCAAUUGGAUAGGAAAUAAAUCCAUUAUCGAAUGACUUA